UGGGGAGCUAUGAGUGAGUGAAGGGAGGACGGGGCAGCGGAGCGGAGACUCGGUUCGUCUUAUGUUUAGAUUCUCUCUGUGGGCGGCCGUUGGAUGUCACGUGAUGGGCAAAGAUGGCGGUCUCUACGGAAGGUGAAAUGGGUGCAGACUUGGAGGCCUCACUGCUGAGUUUUGAGAAGUUGGACCGGGCUUCACCAGACCUCUGGCCAGAGCAAUUACCAGGUGUUGCAGAAUUUGCUGCAUCUUUUAAAUGUCCCAUCACUAGUUCUCCUCCCAAGUGGAUGGCUGAGUUAGAGAAUGAUGACAUCGAUAUGUUGAAGGAGCUGGGGAGUCUCACAACUGCUAAUCUAAUGGAGAAGGUCAGAGGUCUACAGAAUCUGGCGUAUCAGUUGGGGCUUGAUGAAUCUAGAGAAAUGACCAGAGGGAAAUUCCUGAACAUCCUGGAAAAACCAAAAAAGUAGCUGAAAGUGAAAUAUGUACAGAAAUAUACCUGACUAAUGGAAAAUUACCAAAAUUCUACAUAUGCUAAAAUGGAAAGGCAACUGGCUGCCUUUAGCAUACAGAAAUGCUUCCCUGUCUCUUGGCCCUAUUUGUGAUGAGAAGCACUAAUUUUGGCAAAGGCUGACACCAGAUCCCUCAAUUGGGGCUAUCUGCUCCUGAAAAUUCUGCCAAAAUAAGCUGAUUUUUUAUACAGUUUCAUCAGAGUAAUGGUCUCAUGGAUCCUCAAUACCUUAUAUUGAAAGUAAGAUUCUUUUAUGGUAUCACCAUGUGCCUCUGGGUCAUGUAUACAUGGCUCUUUUGUGUAUCGCUUUCUCUUCUCUUUUUUGGAUAAGAACAUCUUUUGUGUAACUGCCAUGCUGAAAGAACUAAUUGAAUGCCUAAUUAUAAACAAUAUAAAAUUAUAUAUUUAUAUAUAAAUUAUUAAAAACCAGAUUGUAUUGGCUAAUCCUUGGGUUGGCUGGCUUUCUCACAAGUGAGCAUUGUUUGUAAAUUCUUAUUAGCUACAAACAUCACAGAAAAGACAUAUGUUACCAUUCUCUUCCUCACAGAGGUUUCAUUGCCUCAAUUACUGACACAGGGAGCCACAUAUCAACCCUGAACUUCACUUCUGUUUUGUACAUGACUACCAUAGUAUUGAUAGGGUGGGAUUGGAACCGGAAGGUAUCUUGCCUCACCUCAUGAAUGAAAAAUAAUCUUGUAAAAUAGAGAGACCUAUGCUGUAAACUCAGCUUUAUCAGUUUGUCCUGUUUAAAUCCACUUUAGUAUCCAUGUCUAGCUGAGUCACUUGAAGAAGUAAGACAAGUUGUAAUUUAAAACUUUCCAAAAUGGAAUUUACAGAUUGCCUUUACAUUGUUUUCACAAGUCCUUCAGCAAAAUUGGUUUCUUUGGCAAGACUGUUAGACAACAGUAAUAACUUGUGUAGUUGGUAUUACCGGGGGGGGGGGGGGCACUUACAAUUGGUUAUUCACAAGAAGCACAGCUGGACUUUGUUUUCAGAUUCUUUUCUCUAGAAGGGGGAGCCUUAAUACUGAA